UUUUGUUACAAUUCUUUUGAUGUUACAGUUAAAAUAGGUCUGAAACUGGAGGAAUUAUCAUAUGACGAUGCAGAAAUUAAAGAGUACUCCUUUAGUUGCCUAAGUUCUUUCUGAUGAGUGUCCCAACAAGCACCUGUGAAUGCGGUCAAAACUAUAAAAUAUUGUAAUCAGAGUCAAUACAUACAAUGCUUACACAUUUCAUUUUCAAAACAUACAAUGUCAUCCAUGGCCCAUCUCAGAGCACUCUGCACAGAGGGUUGCUUGAAGGAGGCUGUACACAUUCUGCUUAAUCCACACAGUUCUCCUGUAGACUCUUCUACAUACUUACAUCUAUUACAGGUUUGCAUUGCCCAGAGAGCGCUUGCAGUGGGUAAGCAAAUUCAUUCUCACAUAAAUGACAGAGGACUUACAUUUGCCACAAACACAGUUUUACAAAAUACACUUAUCAACAUGUAUGACAAGUGUGGAAGUUUGGUGGAUUCUCGAUAUGUUUUCAACUGCAUGACUGAGCCAAAUGUCUUCUCAUGGAAUGUGAUGAUUGCAGCUUACAGAAGGCAUGGAUUUUCACAAGAGGCAUUGACAUUGUUUUCUCAAAUGCAACAAACAGCUGUCCAGCCUGAUCACUUUACUUUCUCUAGUAUUCUGCCUGUAUGCGCUAACAUGGCAUCUCUAGAACAUGGUUUGCAGAUCCACGGAAAAGUCAUUAGGUGUGGGUUUCAUUCUGACAUAAUUGUGAUGAAUACUCUGAUAGACAUGCAUGCAAAAUGUAAAAGAAUGCAGAAAGCACGCGAACUGUUUGACAAAAUGCCUGCACCAACUGUUGUCUCAUGGAAUGCAGUCAUUGCUGGAUAUAUGCAAAAUGGACUUAUUAAAACAGGGGUGGAGAUUUUUAAGAAAAUGCAAUUGCUAGGUAUAAAUCUAAACUCCGCUACGUUUGCCAUUAUCCUUCCCUUGUGUGCCAAAACAGGGUUUCUUGAACAGGGCAUGGAAAUCCAUAGAAAAAUAAUAGAAAGUGGGUUCUUGUCAGAUGGUGUAGUUGUGACUGCCCUGAUAGACAUGUACAUUAAAUGUGGAAGGUUGCAAAAGGCAGAUGUAUUGUUCGACAAAAUGUCUCAACGAAAUGCUUUCUCGUGGAAUGCAAUGAUUGUGGGAUAUGCACAAAAUGGGUUCGUGGAGAAAGCCUUUAAGAGUUUUCAGCAAAUGCUAAUGGCAGGUGUAAAUCCAGACUCAACAAACAUUGCCAGCAUCCUCCCAACUUGUGCCAAACUUGGGGUUUUGGAACAUGGUACGGAAAUCCAUCAAAAAGUAAUUGAAAGUGGAUUUUUGUCUGAUGUGGUUGUGACGGCACUCAUAGACAUGUAUGCAAAAUGUGGAAACAUACAGAAGGCACGCAAAUUGUUUGACAAAAUGCACAACUCAGAUGUGGUAUCAUGGAAUGCAAUCAUAGCAGGAUACACGCACAAUGGUGCUCUUGAUGAGGCUUUCAGGCUUUUUGAAGAAAUGCCUCAACGAGAUGUUGUCUCAUGGACCGCGAUCAUUGCUGGGUAUACACAAAAUGACCCUGUUGAAAAAGCCUUGGAAAUUUUUAAUCAAAUGCAACAGGCAGGUGUAAAUCCGAAUGUAGCAACCUUUGUCAGCAUCCUGUCAGCAUGUGCCAGAAUUGGAGCUUUGGAACAGGGUAUGGAAAUCCAUCAAAAAAUUAUCGAAAAUGGAUUUUUGUCGGAUGUAGUUUUGAAUUCCCUGAUAGACAUGUAUGCAAAAUGUGGAAGCAUGCCAAGAGCACAUGUAUUGUUUGACAAAAUGCUUGAUGCAGAUGUCAUCUCAUGGACUGCGAUGAUUACUGGGUAUGCACAAAGUGGCGUUCUUGAUAAGGCUUUGAGGCUUUUCAAAGAAAUGCCGAAACGAAAUGUGGUCUCAUGGACUGCAAUGAUUGCGGGAUGUGCACAGAACGGACUUUUUGAUAAAGCCAUAUUGCUAUUUAAGCAAAUGCAAAUUGCAGGCAUAAGACCAGACUCAGCAACCCUUGCCAGCAUCCUCCCAGCUUGUGCCAAACUUGGAGCUUUGGAACGGGGAAUGGAGAUUCAUCAAAAAAUAGUUGAAAAAGGAUUUUUAUCUGAUGUGGUUCUGAAUGCUCUCAUAGACAUGUAUGCGAAAUGUGGAAUUUUGCAGAAAGCACUUGAAUUGUUUAAUUAUAUGCGCCAACCAAAUGUGACUGCAUGCAACAUAAUAAUUGCAGGAUAUGCAACACAUGGUUAUGGCAAAGAGGCGCUCAAACUCUUUGAGUUGAUGAAGCACCUUGGAACCAAUCCCAACCAUGUUAGCUUCAUUUGUGUUUUAUUUGCAUGCAGCCACACGGGUUUAGUGGUUGAUGGCUGUAAAUACUUCAAUAGCAUGACUGACUCUUAUUGCAUCAUUCCUACAAUGGAUCAUUAUGUAUGCAUGGUUGACCUUCUUGCCCGUGCUGGCUAUCUUGAGGAAGCCUUUAAUUUUAUCAUCAAAAUGCCAAUAAAUCCUGAUGUGGUUGUCUGGAUGUGUUUGCUUGGUUCUUGUAGAUCACAUACUAAUAUAUGGCUAGGAGAGUUUGUGGCAAGACUAAUUUUUGAAUUGCGUCCAAAAGAUGCUUCUCCCUAUGUUCUUCUGUCAAACAUUUAUGCAGAAGCAGGCAGGUGGGGUGAUGCUAAAAAGGCAAGGAAAUUGAUGACUGAUAGAGGAAUUAAAAAAAUACCCGGAUGUAGUUGGAUGUAGUUCUUUUUUGUUUGUUUAGGAGAUCCACAUCCAGAAAUACAGGAGAUCUAUGAAAAAUUGAUCUAGCGAGAUGAAAGCAGUGGGAUAUAUCCCACUCACAAGAUCUUUCAACAAUGGCGUCAGAAGGAUUUAUUCCACUGCUUGCUACCAUAGUGAGAAGUUGGCAAUUGCAUUUGGGUUGUUCAACACCUCCCGGAACAACUAAAACAACUAAAAUUAUGACGAGCUUCGGGUAUGUUGCGACUGCCGGACUGCUUCGAACUUCUCCAAGCUGCUGCAAGAGAAAUUGUUGUCAGAAAUGUGAACCAUUUUGAAUACUCAAAUAUGGACAAUGUUCUUGUGGAGAUUAUUGGGGAUGCUUAGUGAAGCAAGCUAUAAACAAAGGCAGUCACCUUAAAACGAUCCAUCAUGUCAAGACUUGCAAUGGAUGGAUGACAGUGAACAUUUUUUGAGGAAGUCUGAGCUUUUGCAUAGAAAGCCCGAAGGAGGAGCUGGAAGAAUUUGAAAUAUCAAUGAACGCAAAUUCUUGAAGGAAAUGGAACGCUGGUCAGCCAGCGGAAAAUGUGAGAGGACUGGAAAUUAAGCAAAUGCUUGGAAAGAAUGAGAAAAAUUUAUAUUUGUUCAGCUGCAUGUUUUGUGCAAUUUGCGGUCAUGGAAUGAUGAGGACGUUUCGCAUUGAAUUAGACAUCUCCCGAACAGGCUAAUUGCCGAGUACUUGUCAAAUCUGGUUAUAGGAAUUUUUUUUAUUAGAGUGAAAAAUGGCAGGUUCAUCUCAGCGACUUUCAGAUAUUACCUUUCUUCCACGACAUCUCGAGACAAGGGCAUGGGGGGAUGAUGGGGAUAGGUCUCCAGGAUGAGGGAACCAAGGGUCUACAUUUGUGGAUGCAGAGGGACAAUAUAUAUUUUUUAAAAAUAAUUAUAAAAAAAAAAUACAAGGAAUAACAUAUGAAAC